AUGACGGGCGAACGAGAAACGCAAAACGAUCUGAAACAUUUCAGCAAAAUUUUGUCCGGAGUCAUACGGAGAUUCCCAUCUGAGGCCGAGGUACCUGUGUGGUUCGAGGCUGUGGAGACUACCUUCGAGACGUAUGGCGUGCCAAGGGCUAUAUGGGGCCAGCUAGUGUUCCCGCAUGUGGUGGAGCGAGUAAGGUACCUAGCUACCCGGCUCUCCGCGGCCGAGCUCAACGAUUAUGAUCGGGUAAAAGAUACCGUUCUCGAGGAGUUGCAGCUCGCGCCCGGGGAGUAUCUAAAGCGUUUUCUUAGCGCCGCCAAAGGAAAAGAGGAGGCGUGGAUGCCGUUUGCUACACGGCUGCGAAGCUAUCUCCACUUCUAUGUGGAAGCGAGGGAAAUUAAGACCAAGGACGACCUGAUCGACCUUUUAGUAGCCGACCAGGUAAAGGCCAGAAUGACGCCUGAAGCGCUGAGCUACGUCACUCUAAAAGAGGACACGAACUGGCACAGGGCGCAUGAGCUGGCCAAAUUGAUGAGGGUAUUUGAGCAGGCCGAAGGUAGGGGAGCCGCCUCGAAAAAGGUCGACGCAAAGGUCCAACAAUCGAGCCCUCGAGACGAGGGAAAAACGAAGUCCGGGAGCACAUUCGGGUCGACGAAAUUCACGAGAGGGCCGGCCGGGGGGCCAAACUCAGAUCGGCGAAGGGGUUGCUUCGGCUGCGGCUCUUUGGGCCACCAGAGGGCGAAUUGUCCGCACGCUGGGAGCGGGCGCGCAAACGGCAAGGGCGAUGUUCCAUCAGAAGGCGACAGACUCACCGCCCGGGUCGUCAGGGAGCCGCACUCGUUGCCGCCCAGCGGUCUCGUGAACACCAGACUAGCUUGUGGAGGACGCAUGCUCAACGCUAUUGUCGACACAGGGGCAGAUAUAACCGUGGUAAGGGAGUCUCUGGUCCCUGAGGAGUUGAGGAGCCCUUCCGGGAAGAUUCAGCUCAAAUCUGCUUUCGGAGAGUCGGUGGAGGCGCGUCUGGUAGUGUUGCCGUUGACUAUGCACAGCUUGAAUUCGGUCCUCGCCGACGUUCACGAGGCGGUGCCGACUCUUUGUGCGCUGACCGACCGACUUAUUUCGCGGACCGAUUGCCUGCUUUCCGGAGAAGCGUGGGAGCUGCUGCAAAAAUCGGAAAGCUCGAACGCACCGAUCGGAGCAAUCGCGGCCGUCGCGGCGGGGGAAACAGAACAGCUCGCGACGUCCACUCCUCCGCCGGAGUCCGUAGAGGGGUUGGAGACCAGUGUCCAGACUUGCGAGGAAGAGGGCGCCAGCAACGCCCGUAGGGAAUCGAGUCCUUCGGACGCAGCGGAGGUCGAAACAGAUGACGGGCUCUCGGAGCGAUCAAAGUUCCGAGAGCAGCAGCUAAAAGACCCUACUCUGAAAGAGGCCUGGGAAAACGGGCGCAGGAAACGGAGCGGCAUGCUGAUUAAAGACGGGUUGCUCUUUCAUCGGGACAGGUUGUUGGGGCAAAACGUCCACCAGUUGGUACUGCCGGCUCAGCGGAGACCCGAGGUGAUGGGAUUGGCACAUGAGUCAUGCUGGGGCGGACAUCUGGGUUUCAGAAAGACGAAAGCGCGGGUCAAGUACGCUUUCUACUGGCCGGGGAUAGAGAGGGACAUUAGGGAGCACUGCUCGAGCUGCCAUGGUUGCCAGGUUAGAUCCGACCUGAGGCAGACAGACCGCGUUCCUAUCACCCCACUGACGAGACCCGAGUUUCCUUUCCAAACGGUAAACAUCGACGUAAUCGGACCACUUGACACGCCGUCAGCUAGAGGCCACAGGUACGCGCUUUGCGUUAUUGACUUGUGCACACGCUGGCCAGAAGUGGUGUGCUUGCGGUCGCUGUCGGCGAAGGCAACCUGCGAGGCGCUGUUGACCAUCUUCAGCAGGACAGGAAUACCAAGCGUCAUAUGUUCCGACUGUGGCACUAACUUUACGGCCCAGCUCACGAGAGAGUUUCUCGCUCGCCUCGGCUGCAGCCCUCGGUUUUCGACACCUGACCACCCCGAGAGCAACGGCGCCGUCGAGCGCUGGAACAGGGUGUUUAAAAACAUGCUGUUCCAUGUCAUCGAAAAGGAGGGCCGUGGCUGGGACAGGUUCGUACCUUUCCUGCUGUGGGCGUACCGUGAGGUGCCGCACGACACAACUGGUGUGUCGCCCUUCCAGAUGCUGUACGGCCGAAGCCCCACUGGCCCGUUGACAGUGUUGCAGCAGUCUUGGACGGGCGACAUUCCGAUCCCGGUAACACUAAGGGAGUCACCUGCAGAGUACCUGCGGAACCUAAAGGGUCAAAUCGAGCGCGCCGCAGAGGAGGCCGAGCUGACGGCGCCGGCCCGGCAGAACGCGUAUGCGACGCAGCAUAACAAACGGGCCUCCCCGAAGGCGUUUGGGGUGGGCGAAAAGGUGUUAGUGUUCGACUCGGACCGACCGGGUAAGAUGUAUCCGAAAUGGAUAGGGCCGUGCGACGUCCGAGCGAAAUUUCGAGACCAGUCGUACUACGUGGACAUGCCGGACGGUAAGCACAGACUGGUGCAUGCCAACAAGCUGCGGCCCUACACCUGUCGCGUUCAGAGCAUUGGUGUUGUAUUCCAGGAAGAUGGCGACUUCGGAGAUAUAGAGUGCACCCCGCGAAGCAUGAGCAUCUGUCCUGCGAUGCGACUGCCGGAGUCGUACGUGGCUCAUCUGGGGGAUGACAGGCGGCUCGUUCGGGCGGUGUUCGACAGGCAUCACGCGCUCUUCUCGCCCAACACAGGGAUCGCAGAAGUGGGAGAACACCACAUUAGGCUGGACCCGGGGUACGUGCCGAAGCGGGCCCACCCUUACCGCAUUCCCGAAAUGUUACGGGGGGAGGUCGGGCGCCAAAUUGACGAGCUGCUCCAGACGGGCCUGAUCUACGAAUGCGAGAGCCCCUUCGCUCAUCCCGUCGUGGACUACAUCGCAAACUAUGCCGAGACUGCGAGACCACUCACCGAACUAACUAGUAAAAAGGUGCCGUCCAAGCUGCCGUGGAACGAUGACGCCGACAGGGCAUUUGUGGCUUUGAAGAAGGCGCUGUGCGACGCGGUGGCGCUCUACACGCCCGAUCCGGAAAAGCCUUACUGGCUGUACACCGAUGCCUCGGCCAUCGCGGUGGGGGCCUGUUUGGCCCAAAUGGGAGAGGGUGGGCAGGAGAAGCCGAUUGCGUUCGCCAGUCACCGCUUUACACCCACUCAGACGCGGUGGUCCACAAUCGAGCGAGAAGCAUUCGGGGUGAUCUGGGGUCUAAAGAAGUUCGACGUUUGGCUAUUCGGCGCUUCCGUGACUGUGGUCUCCGAUCACAACCCUCUGUCGUUCCUCACCCUGAGCGUCCCUCACGGUGCCAAACUAACCAGGUGGGCUCUAGCCCUCCAGAGGUACGACGUCAAGGUCGUACACAGGAAGGGUGUGGAGCGCUUCGAAGUUGUCAAGCCUACCAUGCACAUGCCCCUGCAAGUCGUUCCCAUAGUGAUCUGCAGCCAGUGGCAUCUCCCUCUACAAGUGCGUCGAGAAAAUGCAAUGCCUCAGCAACCCAAGAAGUUAACGCAGCUGCGGAGCAGCUCGAGGUGCCUCCAGGAGAUGAAGACUAACCUUCACCGCAACUGGUGGAGGAUUAUCAAAGUCAGCAGCUACCGCGGAUAUCAACCAAAGAAUGAACACAACCGGACUUGUACAAAGAUUAUGUUGUAA